CAUAACGCCCGUCAAAACUCUGCUGUUCUUUCUGAACUAAUUGUUUGACAGUUUCUAAACUUUCAAUAAAUUAAAACUUUGUAUUUAUUUCAAAAUUAAAUAAAUUAAACUCUCGUGUUAUUUUAUUUAAUGAAAGCGAAAUAAACUCACUGAAAGAAAACAUCAACAAGUUGAUUAAAAAGCCAUCUAUAGAAGUUUUAGCUACUAAAACGAACUACAAGCCAAGCAAUGAAAUAAAGUGUACCUGUAGACAGAACAGAACACAGAAGAAAAAAAAUAAAAUUCAGGACUAAAACGUCUGAUAAGUUAAGAUUAAAUAAACAUCCAAAAUGUCUUCAGUAGACUUAGCAGCAUGCGUUAUGGAAGUAACAGGUAGUACACGGCAAGUUGCUUUAAGCCUUUUAGCUGCGUGUGCUAAUGAUGUCCAAGCUGCCGUAAAUCUUUUUCUUGCAAACGAAGAAGAAAGCGGUGAAGUAGAUGUGGAAUCAGUUGCCGACAUUGUUGCCCCAGGCGAAGAUGAAGUUCGUGCACCUAUAGCGCCCAAACGUGAACAAUUGAUUGGUCCCGAUGACGAUAACUUUCGGCAUGCAUCUCAAACAACAGGGGCAAAAGGUAGAUCGCUUCCACGAAUAAAAGUUUGUCCAUUACGUGACUUUGCUCGUGAAGGUAGUUUAAUGGAAGAAAGUCUUGCCGGUUCAGAUGCAAUAAUGCUUCCGUCAGUUCUAAAUGAUCGACCAACCAGAUCGAGUAAGUCAACUCGAGCACUAGAGAUGUCCAGACGAGCUCGUUCUUCGACAUCUACUAGUUCUUCCUCAAAUUCUUCAGUGGGCCGAUUAGGAUUAGGAGAUCUUUUUCGCCCGCCUACAGACUUAACUGUUGCUGGAACAUUUCAGUAUGCCCGCACUAAAGCAACUAGUAUAAAACGUUGGCUACUGGUCAAUGUACAGAGUGAUAACUUUAAUUCACAAUUAUUAAAUCGUGAUGUUUGGUCUCAGAUCAAAGUGCGUGAUUUGAUAAAAACCAAUUUUCUUCUUUGGCAGGUGUCAUCUGAUACAUCAGAAGGAGCUCGUUUUUCCACAUUCUACCACUGCAACGAAACUCCUUACAUUUCUAUAAUUGAUCCCAGAACUGGAGAAGAACUAUGGAAAACUGAACAUCCAAAUAAAAUCGAUUUCUUAGAAUCAUUGCAAGUUUUCCUCAGUGAACAUGCAUCAGAAGGAUUUUUCCAAAGUGAUUCAACCAAACCAGGCCCAUCUUCGUCCAUGCAAUCGAAUACUGAAAAAUCUCUUACGAGAACAGUGUCAUCAGCACUUCACCGAAAGCGAACACUAUCUAACGAUCACGCAACAGAACUUUCAGAAGAAGAACAGAUUAUGCUAGCUGUGCGAAAUUCUCUUCAAGAAAAUGGAUUUGCAAAUAAUUCAUCCAAGAAAUCUAAAACAGUUUCUGAGGACGAAGAAGAAGCCUUUCAGGAAAUUUCGGAUAGUGACGAUGAUUCACAAAACACUCCCGUUAAGUAUAACGGAAUUAACACUCAAGAUUUAAACAAAAAUGAGAAAGUCAUCACUGAAUUGCAUACUGCAUAUCUUGGAGCAUCAACUGAUGAAAUAACAACUCUUAAGAUACGCUUAGUGAACGCAGGCGUUGAUGAGAGCGUUACCAUAAAAUGGCCAUCAGAUACUAAGCUACGUGCACUUCAACUCUAUAUUUCAGAACAUUUUCCAACGGUCAAUGAGAAAUUCAAAUUAAUCUCGCCAUUCCCUCGAAAAAUUGUUGACCUUGACGAGGAAAACUUAAUGCAAACAUUAAAAGAUGCAAACCUUCAUCCAUCGUCUACUUUACAUGUGCACCUAGAUGACUGAAUUAUUCAUACAUACUUGUCAAAAUAAAUCACUAUAUUGUUUGUUUUAGUUAAAAAAUUAAGUUUUUAUAACACCAAUUUUAUUUAUGAUUAUUAUUAAUUUUAAAAUGAUAAGUAAGAAUUUCGAUUGAUUGGUUGCAACCAAUUACGGCUCUACUGCUUUUUGAAUUAAAUUAAUUUACAGACGAUGUAAAUUCCAGUAGAAUUUGUUGCAUAUUAUUUAUUUUGUUAUUUUUGCUUAUUCACCUUUCCUCUAAAACAAAUAAGUUGAUUACCUCUAUAUAAGAUGAAAUCCUUUGCUGUUAUAAACUUAAAUAAAAAUUCUAUUGUGACUAUUAUAAAAA